CAGAUAUGGUGACGAGGAAGCUAAGUGGCCGGCAGUGGGAGAAGAUGGAACGAGAUGGACUUUGGCCGAUAUUCUGCAAAUUGUCUCAUCGCUGAAACAUUUUAUUUCCAUACAGGUUUCUGUUUCCAAAACUAGAAUCUGUGGACUUUACCCUUUGCCAAAGAAAAAGAAAAUGCAUUGUUUAUGGAAGGAGUGCACGGGCGAAUGGAUCUCACUGGCUCGUGAUUUGCUCCCACCUCCUUGCUUGUUCGACCCCUUAUGAUUCGUUCAUCUGCUCCUAUUGGAAACGACAGACUGUGGUCUAUCUUGGGUCAGUUAUAAAAAUCAUUGAUGUCUCUGAAACGUAUCUGAAAAUACGCUCAAUUACUGCCUGGCAAGGCCUACAUUAAUCCGGUUAUUUCCGUACAAAUUGGGAGAAGUAAACCCUCACAAUGCUGAGCACAGUUAGCCGGCAACUUAAAAGCCACCCAGCACUGGUCCCCCUUUUCAUCUUCAUCGGUGGUGGGACGGUUAUGUCUGGAGCGUAUCUCUUGCGCCUGGCAAUGGGACCCCAUGUCAGUUGGAAUCGCAAUGGCAACCCCGAGCCAUGGAACAAGACAGAACCCACACAGCAGCACAAGUUUUACUCAGUGAACAUGGACUACAGCAAGCUGAAGAAAGAGGGUCCUGACUUCUAAACUCUUCUGCUGGACCAAAGGCUUGAGGAAAAAAAAGACUUAUUCUGACACUGACUUCCCUUACACCUCUAACUUGAAACCAGUGGAUGCAAAGAGGCUAAACCGCACAAGUUCUGUCCCCUUUGACCUUUUUAAGUCUCUUUUUUCCCCCCUCAUACCUCAUGGUUGUGCAGCAAUAAAGUGAAGGAGUCUUUUCUCCUGUGUACAGAGAA